AUGCCCUCGCAGCUACAGCCCCUUGGCUUAGUCAGCUGCCCUUAUUGCGGCACAGCCUGCCGCGGAAGUCACGGCAUCAAGACCCAUAGUGCUAAGAUCCACGGCAUAGAAGGAAGAAAGAGACUAGCAAGGACCCCUUCUCCACAGCUACAAAGACCUACUAGGCGGCAAAGGCAGCUACAGCCUAACUCUACCCUAGAGGAGCCUACCCUAGACCGACCGGCCUCAAGGGAAAGCUAUAGGUCUUUUUCUAGCUAUGAGGAAAGGGGAAGACCCUCUAGCCCUAGGUCCCUUAGCUCUAGCUCCUCUUGCCCUAGCACGCCUAGCCACAGGCCCUCUAGUCAGGGACCUACCCUAGAGCCUCUAGAAGAAUAUACCCUAGAGCCUCUAGGGCCCCUAGAGGAGCCUACCCUAGAGCUAGAGACUAGGGAGCCUAGGGAGCCCAGGGAGCUUACCUUAGAGCCCGAGCCUAGGGAGCUUACCUUAGAGCCCGAGCCUAGGGAGCUUACCCUAGAGCCCGAGCCCAAGGAGCCUACCCUAGAGGGGCCUACCCUAGAGCAGCUACACAACCAAGCUAUAGCCCCAAUCCUAGCCAAGGCUUCUAUGCAGAAGCUAUUAGCCUUUGCAAGGAUCCCUAUACCGGAAAAAAGGCUACAUGCAAGGCAGGCUGCUAUUUUCACAGCUACAGCCCAUAAAGCUGCAGCUGCCUUUCUAAAGAGGCCUACUGAAAAGGCCCUCUUAUAUUUCCUUAUCUUGCCUAGGCUACUAGGGUUAGGUUUACAAAAAGGAGGCCUAGCUACCCUUCUUAGGUCUUUCCCUUCUAACCUACCUACCCUAGAGAGCCUAGAGUCCCUCCAGCAGCCCCCUGAGCCCCCCAAGGCAGCUAGACCCUCUAUAGCUCCUAGCCCGGCCCAAAGGGCAGCUAAGCUACUAGAGAGAGGCUACCUAGGCCGGGCUGCUAGGGCUCUUAUUGAUCCGACCCCUAUAGCACCUAAUUCAGUAGAAAAUAGGGCUAGGCUGCUAGAAAAGCACCCUAUUGGAUCAAAAGACCCCUUCCAAGGCAAGACCCGCCCAAGGGCCGGCCAACCAAUCACGUCAGAGACUAUUAUAGCAGCUAUAGCCUCUAUAGGCAAGGAAAAGGCCCCGGGCCUUAGUGGCUGGACUAGGCCUCUUCUAGACCUAGUAACUAGGAAAGAUUCCCCUGUGAUAGCUUUCCUAAGGCUGCUAGCUGAUAUGAUUCGCCAAGGCACGGCCCCUGGAGCCCACCUAUUAUGCGCUAGCCGCCUUAUAGGGCUUGAAAAGCCCGAUGGAGGGGUUAGACCUAUAGCUAUAGGAGAUCUUAUCUAUAGGGUAGCUAUGAAGGCGAUCCUAAUGACCUCCUAUCGGCCGAAUAUGCUCUUACCCUUCCAGCUAGGCGUGAAUAGCCCAGGCGGGGUUGAACCCGCUAUUUUCCUCCUCUAUGAGGCUAUUAUAGGCUUAAAUGAGGCUAAUUUUCAGCAGCUAGCCUCUAUAGACCUUGCUAAUGCCUUUAACUCAGUAGAUAGGGCUUCUAUAGCUGCUUCUGUAGCUACUUUUGCCCCUACCUUCUAUAAGGCAGCAGCUUGGGCCUAUAAUGACCCUUCUAUCUUAGUUAUGGAAGAUGGGUCAGCUAUAGCCUCGGCCAAGGGCGCUCCGCAAGGCACCCUAGAGGCAGCUAAGGAGGUCUUAAAAGGCUCCCCUUUUAGCCUUAACCUAGCUAAAAGCAAGGAAAAGGCUAUAGAGGACCUUAAGCUAGAAGGCUUAAAAGCCUUAGGCAGACCCCCAUAA